AUGGACCUUCCAAUAUGCGCCAAAAGGCGCAAAACUGAUGAAGUCAAGGCUUCACCGAAACAAGUUGAUGCGCAUAUUCGGGCGUUCAUAAACGCUGUAAUAACUAGCGCUCAGAAUCCUGCCGAUCCAUCUUCAAGCACAAAGAGCAGGCUAGCUUCUGUCGUGAGCAAGUCCUUUGUUAAACGUCGGCGAAAUGUUCCCCGUCUUGACGCCUCAACUCAGACGGAGGAAGAGAAUUUCAUUGAACCGUCAACUCCGGUUCCUCAGCCUCCUCCCUCACCUACCGCUCUCUUGUCUGAAAAUGCGGCUGCCUACUACGCGUCGGCCACCACCAGCGAGGGUACCUUCGCUCCAAGCACUGGGCCUUCCAACACAGACCUUCAAUACUUUGCAUCCGACUCUGUCUCUAAGAUCUCCUCCUCUGAGGUGCGUCAGCUUCUCACCAAUUGGGUACGACAGUACGAGCAAUGGUUUUACCAGAAUUUCGGUGUCGACGUCAAUUCAGUCCCCACUGAAAUGUAUACAACUCACACUCCUCCACCACCUCCACCGCCACCCCAAGAUUCCGACAGUGAUAGGGCUGUCGCUUGUCAAACGCCCUUCUGCAUUAGCUCUGAGCCAGUUAUGUAUCCUCAAUCGCUAAUAUACGCUCCUGCUGGUGUGGAUCCUAUUGCUUCAAUUUUGUCGGCUCAAGCGGCUGCACAGAAUCUCCUUUCCAGGUACAUCAUCACCCAGCAAGCACAGCAACAGGAACAAAUAAUGGCAGUUGCGGCGGCAGCAGCCGCAGCAGCUUCCAUGGCUGCACUGCCAACACCUAUGGUGUGCCUUCCUCCCGCCAAACCUCUUACUUCGAUUGCUUCCGUCCCUGUAGCUGAAACAGGUGUGGUUGCUGGGAUCGAUCCGAAAGUGGCCGAAUCGCCGGAGCUCAGCGGUCCUGUCACUCAGUACGGCGCCUAUGGAAUCUUGCGGCCCUGUCCUAUCGAUGUGGCAGAUACGCAGAACGGCGAUGGCGAGAGGGGUGGAGCUCGGGAAGGUGAGGAGGAGCUUCCAAUCUACAUCACUCCUGAGGACUACCGCAACAGACCACACUCUUGGAUGCCACCCCCACCGCCCACUGUGUUGUUGAUAAGGAAACAGACUCUAGUGUGUGUGAUGCAGCUGCAAAUCUGCAGGAAGGUGCAUGAAAUAGAUGUGCGGAAGGCGUCUGCUACCAAGGCUCCCGUCAGCAUCGACUACGUUGCUGCUUUAGAAAGCACAGUGGAGAGGUACGUUAAGGUCAAAGUCACCUACGUUUUCAACCGAAUCAACCGCCUCCCCACCAAGGCUCAAACACUCUUCAUUUGUGGUCCCAAACACGCUGUUUUGGCAACUCCUUCCAUCAAAAAACAUUCACUGUCGUCAUCACUUCGGAUGCAGCCACCAGUACCAGUAGGGAUUACUAACGGCGAUACGGGAGACAGCAUUGAUGGUGUUCCAAACAAGCCUUUCACUUCUAAUUCCUUGGAUAUCGACUCGGAGGAUGUAACCGCCGAUGUUGACAAAGUGGAGGAUGAGGAACAGAUGGAGAUAGAUUCAGCCUGUGAGGAGCACUCCAGAACGAUGUACAUAUGCGAUCUACUCAUCGGUGAUGUCUUUAUCUGUCAGGCCCUCGCCGACUGUAAACUCCAAGCCAAAAUGUGUGCGGCACGAAAGGCGCUGAUGGUUCUCUCAAGGCCCAACUUCCUCGUAGGUGCGGUUCGAACCUGGUAUGGUAACGAACCCGGAUAUGGCGCCGUUGACUAUCUGACCUUGUGUCUCAGCCCCAAAGCUGAUCAGGUGCCCCAGCUAACUCCCUUCUUGGCCGACCCGCUGGCUCCUAUCCCCUCUGACCAACCGAUUAGCCCCGGAGAUCCGGCGGAGACUUACAGGGUCUGCAAUCCCAAACCAUUUUACGACCUCUGGCUCUACACCGCACUCCCAAUCGCUGUCAAUGUUGACAAUGCGCUGGUACCGGAGCAGUUUCUAGCUCAGUCAGCGGAAUUCAGCCAGAUGACGGUGAAUUUUGAGUUGGAGUUCGACCCCGCCGAGGGCGUUUUCACAGCCUUCGGCCUGGUGGAUGCGCAGCGCUGCGUUAAAGCAACCUCUAUCAACGUUGUCACAGCCCGCGCUAAAGCUGCCUCCCGUCUCCUGCGACGACUGAAGAUCUCGCAACCGGUAGUCGGUCUCCUACUUCCCCCUCCUGACCCACUUGCGGAUGAUGAACUGCCCGGUUCACGCGUUCAAGACGACGAGGACUCAAUGCAUCCACUGUGGGGUCUGACGGAGGCCAGCAUUGUGGAUAGUCUGAUGUGGGGCAAACACGAAAAACAGUUCGCCCUCCCCAUCGAACAUUUGGAAGCACAUUGUGAAAUUUUUGGCAGUUCUUCCGUUGCCAGGAGCAAGGACCCAGACUUUGCAGCAGCAGGCAGCUGUUUCUUCACCUCCCGUGAACACUUGGAACAGUACUUGGAGGCGUAUGCGGCAUCAGCUUUGGUGACGCCUCUCCGUAUAUCACUUCGCGCUCUCCCUCAUGCUCUUUGGCAUAUGGCACGCACCGCAGCGCAUUCCUGGGGCCUCCUCACUCGCAUUGAAUUCGAGGUACCUGAGCAUCUGAAUACAGCCUUUCUUCUCGUAUGUAAGCGUGCACCUCUGCCGCGUCUCAAACGCACCCUCUUUGAGCGCACCGAGGUCGGUGUCUUCUACCUUCUUUCCCGCGGAAACCUACCCCCUCUUGCCCUCCGCAGUCUCUCUGAAGCAGACCUCCUCGAUGCCGAACCGGUCUCCGCUUCAUCUUCCCCAUCUACUGUUCAUCCUCCACCACUGUUGUCGGAUCCGUUCACUCAAGAGGACAACGAGAUGGAGAUAAAUGAUCCACUAACUCGCAUGGCACGUGCUUUCCACGCUACGGCGGUGAAGCAGGAGGCGACAGACGCAGUAGCAUUGGGAGCAGACGAGGCGGAUCUAAUGUUGGUUUCUGCAGAACUCAAUCAGCCCUCCAAUGCUGUGGAGAUUCUCGACGAUUUACCACGGCAGCUGAUUCCUGGAAUCGAUUUUUAG